AUGGACGGUCUUGGCCUUAACAUAACUGUUGACAUAUACGUUUCCCUUAUCAAAGAAUGCACGGAAUCACGUGACCCUUUAAAAGCUGUUGAACUUUAUACCCAUAUUUGUAAAAGUGAUGUUAUUCCUAGCUUGCCGCUACUCAACCGUGUGCUGUUGAUGCUUGUUUCUUGUGGUUGUUUUCAACAUGCGCGUCAACUGUUUGAUAAAAUGCGCGUCAGAAAUUCUAAGUCUUGGGCUGCCAUAAUUGCGGGUUGUAUUGAAAAUGAUGAGUGUGAAGAAGCUUUGCGUUUGUUUUUCGCAAUGCAGAGUGAGACUGGGAAAUUAUGUAAAUGCGGUGAUUUAAUUGAUGAUGGGAUUUUGGUCUGUGUCCUUAAGGCUUGUGUGGAAAUGAUGAAUUUAGAACUUGGGAAACAGAUUCACGGGUGGUUAAUUAAGGUGGGAAGUUGUGAAAGCUUGGCUUUGAGUAGUUUCUUGAUUAAGUUCUAUGGAGAGUUUGGUUAUCUAGAAAGCGCAGAUAAUGUGUUCGAUCAUGUUCCACAUUGUAAUACAGUUGUUUGGACAGCUAGAAUUGGCAAUUUGUGUAAAGAGGAGCAGUUUGAAGGGGCCAUAAGAAUUUUCAGGGAGAUGUUAAGAGAAGGAGUUAAAAAAAAUAGUUUUACAUUUUCAAGUGUUGUUAAAGCUUGCGGGAAGUUGAGGGAUGCUGGAUGUUGUGGUCAACAGGUUCAUGCUAGUUCUAUCAAGGCAGGACUUGAUAUGGAUCGUUACGUGCAGUGUAGCUUGAUUGACAUGUAUGGAAAAUAUGGGUUGCUAAGGGACGCUCUGAGGGUUUUUAAUGCAGGAGAGGAUAAGAGUAAUAUUGCCUGCUGGAAUGCAAUGCUGAUGGGAUGUAUACACGAUGGUUUCGGCAUUGAAGCCAUAAAGGUUCUCUAUGAGAUGAAAAAAGCUGGUUUGCAACCACAUGAAUCUUUGAUUAAAAAAGUGUUAUAUGAAGAUGAUUUGCAUGAUCAAGGAAUUUUUCCGGAAUAUAAUGCAGCCAAUGAAGUGGCUAAUGUCUCUAAUUUCCUUGAUGAGUUGGUUUCAUUUCAAGGAUCAACAAGGAUGAUUUGCAAGAUCAAGGAAUUUGUCAUGGAAUGUAAUGCAGCCAACACCUAUGCAUUGGCAAAUAUCUCCAGUUUCUUUGAUGAGAUAAAAAUGUCAAACUCCCAAUCAGUACCCCUACAUGUUGACAAUGAGUUCGUCCACCAUGAAGAAAACGACAAUGUAGCGCCAGGGAACGACGUGCCCCCGGUCGAUCUCGACGGAAUCCCAGCUGCAGAUCCCAUCGAUGUGAGCUUGCAUGUGGCCAUCAACACAAAUCUGCCCACUGAUCCUGAGAGUAGCGUCCGCAGGGAUGUUCGAUCGGUCGCACAAAGCAUACACGACGGUGAGGAUGAUGGAAUCAACAUAACUGUCGAUAGAAUCAAGAGAGAUAUCGACCGUGAACCGAGGUUAAAGAGAGAUCGGUACCAGCCGUAUAAUGGAGAUCGAAGAAGCAGUGGGUCCGGGGGAAGUUCUAUGAGAAAUGAAAGGAGAAGUGAUCGAAGUCAGAGCACUGAAGGACUCAUGAGUAAGAACGGCUUCGACAGGACUAUUGGACCUAAAGAAGCACCACAGUUAUAG